GGUGAGCGCCGCGUCAAGCUGCCUGCGGGCUGCGCGCCCGGACCAGCGGGCAUCAAGAAGCCAAAGGCCAUGAGGAAGUUGAGCUUUGCCGAUGAGGUGACCACAUCCCCUGUCCUGGGCCUGAAGAUCAAGGAGGAGGAGCCCGGAGCGCCGUCCGGAGGCCUGGGGGGCAGCCGCACACCGCUGGGGGAGUUCAUCUGCCAGCUGUGCAAGGAGCAGUACGCGGACCCCUUUGCUCUCGCCCAGCACCGCUGCUCUCGCAUCGUGCGCGUCGAGUACCGCUGCCCCGAGUGUGACAAGGUCUUCAGCUGCCCAGCAAAUCUCGCCUCUCAUCGCCGCUGGCACAAGCCACGGCCCCAAGCCGCAAGCACAGUCUCCUCCGCCGACGGGAAGCCUCCUCCGUCGUCUUCGUCCUCCCCGGACUCUGGCUCCAUCGCGUCUUUCCUGGCCGAGGGGAAGGAGAAUAGCCGGGCAGAGCGGACUGUGGAUCAGCACCCUCAGGCGAAGGACAGCUCCAGAGAGGAUCAGCACCAGGACAGCGGCCUGCGCCAAGUCUUCCCGGUGCUCCCGCGCCUAGAGCCGCCGCUGCCACAGGCUCCCCGCACCGACGGAGUGUUGGGGCUCCAGGGGCCUGGGCCAGGCAGUACCACUGGGGGCGGAGGAUCCGAAAUCUUCGUGUGCCCGUACUGCCACAAAAAGUUCCGUCGCCAAGCUUACCUGCGCAAACACCUGGGCACUCACGAGGCGGGCUCCGCUCGCGCGCUGGCUCCUGGCUUUGGCUCUGACCGCAGGGCCCCACUCGCCUUCGCCUGCCCCUUGUGUGGGGCCCACUUCCCGUCCGCAGAUGUCAGAGAGAAGCACCGUCUGUGGCACGCUGUCCGCGAGGAGCUGCUCCUGCCUGCUCUAGCUGGGGCUUCUCCCGAAGCGCCGGGACCCGGAGGGGCCUCUGACGGAAGUGCGCAGCAAAUUUUCUCCUGCAAACACUGCCCGUCUACUUUUUUUAGUUCCCCGGGACUGACCCGGCACAUCAAUAAGUGCCACCCCUCAGAAAGUCGCCAAGUAUUGCUACUGCAGAUGCCAUUUCGGCCUGGCUGCUGAGGUCGGACAAACCAGGCUGGCCUGGUAGAAAACGGAUCAUAGGAACUUCUGUGGGGCUUUCUUCAACUUGCAAGUUUUACUCUGUCCUUCCCAUGUUUUUCCUCUUAAGACUCUCCCAGUGGUGAGUGUCCCACCAGGGGAGAGCAGGUAUGUAUAUGGCAUAAACAUUCAUGGUCAAAGACUGUCAGCCUUUCACUUUCCCCACUAAAAUAGGAUUUCCCCCCUCAAUACUCUGGAGACCCUAACAAAUCCUAUAUGAUUUGUAAUUCCUAUGGAAAGACACAGUGAAUGCGUGCAUGUCUCAUUGUCUACAAAAGGUUCUUCCUACAAAAAGUGGUAGUCACAUUUUUUUUUCUCUUGCCAUCACAGGCGGCUGUGUAGUUUCUGUCUCAAUAGGGUCAGAUAUCUUGCAUUGUAUAUUCUGUGAAUUAAAAGUUAUGUGGUUGGUGCCAAACUCACAGGGGAGAGACGACUCAAUUCCGAUAUCCACGGGCAGGAAAUUUUAAGAGAGUGUUUGUUGCUCUUGAAGAUAUGAGAACUUCCCCCCAAACCUUUUCUUAAUUACACGUUCUAGUCCAUUCUUCCAUUAGUUUUUGGAGGCAGGGAGGGUGCUAUUUUAUUGGAAGGAGACACCCUCCAAAUUCUUACCUUUAGCUAUGUUGUGUGCAGUAUUCAGGAAGACCUAUCUUAAAUGUUUACAUAGCUUUUGGAAAUACUGAACUUGUUUCCCGAAGUUUUUUUAAAGUUUCACCCACAUCAUUUAAUGCUUCUGUUGUAAAUCUCAGUGUGUUAUGUAUAAGACUGUGUUCAGCUUUUCAAGAUGUUAAUACCUGUAAUACACCAUGGAUGAAUGGCAAUUCACUCAAUAUUCAGUAUUUUCUUUCCAGCAGCAACUUUUGAAUUUUGUAAACUGUAUUCAGUGUACUCUGUACCCAUAUCCUAAUACCCAGUUUGGGGCACUGGCUGAACACUGCUUGACAGCUCAGCUCUGUAAGAUGCUUAUCACCAAAUAAAUGUACAUAGAGUGCUUUUUGUUCUGUAUUUGUCUUAAGAAUCGGAUGAACACGGCCUAUUUUCAAAGCCACAUUUCUUAUCUCCCCAAUGCCAGUGAUUCUAAUACCUCUUAGAAUCUUAGGACCCAUUUAUAAUACAAAGGAGAUAUAUUUUGCAAAUCAAUGUAAUGGUGCAGAAAUGCAACAGGAAAUUUUCCUUUGAAGUAUAGUGGCAAAAGGCAAGAUAUAUUCUUUAAAUCUAGAAGGAUACUA